AUGGAAUCAAAUACUGCUGCAAAAGUCUUGUAUCUUCGACUGAAAAACGACAAGUAUAGUGAUGAAUAUUUGAACGAGCUUGAAGGACAUUUAUCUCCAGAAAGCUACGCACAGAGAAUACGGUCAAUUAAUGUCCUGGCCAAGUCACAAUCAAAAGCAUUAUUUAGACGUUAUGUCAUACCGCUUACAUUGGGGGCAUUUCAGAUUUCAUUGAUUAUCUAUCUUUUCUCAACUGAAGGUCAGCUUACUAGCACAGCCAUUAGAGUAAUAUCAUCUGCUAUUGUCAUUUUGGGAUUAGCAACACUUAUAUGUGGAAGUAUCAUCGUUAAGAAGGCCGUAGAGAGGUUCUACACUCAACUCGACCAGUUGUUGAUAGAAUUUAAUAUCACGGAUAAUCCUCAACAUGUACAUUGGAAGCGAGAUCUUUAUACGGGGAAUUCAAUAAUUAUCGAAGUUGGACAAGUGUCUCAACCACUGCCGGCUUAUAAAGAAAUCCCGAACGAAGGGGAUAAGAUCAUUCUUCCACCUCCACCCGCAUACACUCCACUUGCAGAUAACCAGGUUUAA